AUGAAAUUCGGAUUGCUUCGACUAUUGAUUACACUGGUUUGCGGAUUUGAUUGCAUCCACGCUCAAUUCUACUGCGCCGAUCAGAUCCAGCGAUGUGCCGUAGCCAUAGAAGAAUACGAAAAGGACAUUAUACAAAUUAAGGACGCCGCCUUUCAGCAGUGCUUUAAGCGACCAGCGUGCCAUGAAGAAAGAAUAGCGUAUAAUCGAUGCUUUCGGGAAUCGUUGCGCGCUGUCCGAGCACCUUUUAAUGGGGAUUUGGAAACUUAUGACAACUUCUCCGAGGCCGCAAAUCGGUAUCGGGCGAUUGUAGAUUCCUGUUUUCUUCGCAAUCCGUUAAUGGCCAUGAAUUCAGAGCAUGAUCAAUAUUAUAUUGAUGUCGAUGCCAUCUACGCAAAAAUCGUCUACUCCACGGAGAUGACGGAUAGGUUAUGGGGAUUGAGCGAAGGAACUCAAAGUGGACUGGAUUCUGGGGUUGCUUGUAUGGAGAGGGAAUCGGCGCUUCGGAUUUUUGGAAGUGGCAUCGGUCGGCUUGUCGGAUCGCUGGAUCCAAAAUUAAAUAAUCUAGCCUCUUCUUGCACAGUGGAAGACUACGAAGUGAUGUGUUAUCGUAAUGCCUUGGAAUCGAGUCAGGACUUCCAGCAACUGAUCGCUCAAAGGGACUACAUAAUGCGCCAAUGCAUACAGCAGGUACGAACGCGUACGAUCUGCCAACGAACGGAUUCCGGAACGCUACGGGGUUGCCUCUGUCAGGCCAGGGACAACUUUGACAGGCAGAUCGUGCAAGCCAUGCUGAGCUGUGUGAAAUCAUCAAUGGUCAAUGCCUAUGCUCGUGCAAAGUUGAGAAAAGUGAAGCGGAAGUGGGGCAGCAAAGGAAUCAGAGGUUCUAUCAAGCCCCAGAUGAAUUUUAUGCAGAUCGAAGAAGUAGUUUGUCCUCCUCCAACGAUGGAUUUCGAACCAGAGACCCGGUAUGGCGGCGCCCAGGGCGAGGAGGAGUCCGAGGCCCAGCGCAAGGCCCAGGAGCGCGAGCAGAAGAAGGCCGAGGUGCGCAAGCGGCUCGAGGAGUCCGGCAAGGCUGGCAAGAAGAAGAAGCAGGGUUUCUUGACGCCGGAAAGGAAGAAGAAGCUCAGGAAAUUGCUCAUGACCAAGGCGGCCGAGGACCUCAAGCAGCAGCAGUUGAAGAAGGAGCAGGAGCGACAAAAGUUCCUCGCCGAACGCACGGUCUCCCUCCCCAACAUCGACGGCACCGACGAUCACGCCACGCUCGAGAAGUACUACAACGAGCUGUUCUCCCGGUUGACCAAGCUGGAAGAGGAGAAGUACGACAUCCUUCAGAUUGUCCAAUCCGCCGAGGCCGAGAUCAACGAGCUGACGAUCAACGUCAACGAUCUCCGAGGCAAAUUCGUCAAGCCCACACUGAAGAAGGUGUCGAAGUACGACAACCGCUUCAAGAAGCUUGCUGAGAUCAAGAAGACCGAGGGACAGGCUGACUUCCGCAAGGAGCUAAAGACGGUCAAGAAGGAGAACGUCUUCACGCAGUUGGCCAACAAGAAGAAGGCCGACCAGAAGCCCGACUGGAAGGCCCAGAAGGCCGCCAAGAAGGCCGCCGACGAGAAGAAGGAGGAGCAGCCCAAGGAGGAAGAGGUGCCCGCUGAGGAGCCCGCUGCCGAGGAGCCAGAAGAAGAAGAGGAGGAGGAGGACGAGGAGGAAGAGGAAGAG